GUUGAAGGAGGAAAACAAAUUCAAGAUGUCAGCCUCCACGAACAGAAAGUUUCUUGCAAGUCGUUUCCAUCAGUUAUUUGGUGACUUUAAAGUGUUUUCAUGGUAUGCCAGACCGAGAAAUAGAAUUUUACAACUAAGACGGUCAUUUCAACGAUGCAUAACAGUUGCUCCAAAGUAUUUUGGUAUCAGUACAUGGAUGAUAACACUGCCUUUCAUACCAAAAGUUCAUGCAUUGAGUUUUGGUUUUGGACAGUCAAAGGAACAGGAUAAAAGUGAAAGUGAAGUUAUUUCAGAAAAAGCUGAUAGGUUAUAUGAAGAAACAAAAGUUAUGGAACUUUAUGACUUUCUCAUCAAAUAUAAAGAUUUGAAUGAUCCAGAAAUAUUAUGGAGAUUAGCUAGAGCUACUUGUGAUAAAGGAAAGUUAAGUCGUGAUAAUGAGAAACGUAAACAAUGUAUGUUUGAAGCCUUUGAAUAUUCUAAGCAAGCUAUAGUCCUAGAUGAAAACAGCUUUGCUUGCAACAAAUGGUAUGCAAUACUUCUGGACUAUACUGCUGAAUAUGAAGGUACUAAGGUUAGAAUACUGAAUUCCUACAAAGUUAAAGAUCAUUUUCUGAAAGCAAUAGAACUAAAUCCUAAAGAUGCCACAUCAAUAUAUUCAUUAGGCUAUUGGUGUUUUGUAUUUGCUGAUUUACCAUGGUACCAGAGAAAGUUGGCAUCAACAUUACUAGCUACACCUCCAUCUUCAACAUAUGAAGAGGCCUUAAAGUAUUUUCAUUUAGCUGAAAAAGUGGAGCCCAAUUUCUACAGUAUGAAUCUAUUAAUGCUGGGUAAGACGUAUCAGAGAUUAGGACAGAAGGAUGUAGCUAUCACAUAUUUAAUAAAAGCUAGAGACUAUCCUGUACAAACAACGGACGAUGAACAGGCCCAUAAGGAAGCCGUAGACUUAUUAAAACAAUAUGGUGUUAAAACAGACAGUUGAUUGUGGAACCUUCAUAAUAUGUCCCAUAGAUUUAUAAUUCCAACUAUUGUCUUGUAAAAGACCGUGCCUUGGGAACAAUGAACUAAUGUACAUUUUGAAAAGUUAAUUUAUUUUCACUGUUAAUAAAAGAAUAUAAAACGAUUUGGUUUUAAAUAAACUAUAUGAUUGAUAUGUGGAGUUGGGUUAAACGUGGCAAUUAUUUUAAGCAAAAGUAAAUUUCCUCACUAAUGAAGAAGCAUAUCGAAUCUACAGCGCAAUAUUUGCCUUAAAAUAUAGCAUUUUCGGUAGUGAUCAAAGAAGGGAUUUACAGCCUCAAUUACUCGAAGUUUGGAACAAGGAUGAAUAUGUUUCAAAGGUGAUAAUGUAAAGGCUACCUUUUAAUGAAGCAUUAUACAAGUGGAAAUAUUUAUCUUCUAUGAGAUAUUGCAAUGACUCGCAUAGAAGAAAUACUACAAAUUAAAGGCGCAAAAGACGUCUUAACAAUCCCAUCUUGUGGACAACAGUAGAGAAAUUUAAAUUGUGCCUAUGUGCAUCCGAUUCAAUCCGGAGCAUUAGAAAUUAAGAGAAUUUUCCCAGAAAUGAUAAUGGACAACAUAUUUCAAAGAAUUGGCUACGCCUUUUAAAUCCACCUGGAUGCUCAUAUAUAGGUAUAACCGACUAAAGAACAACAUUACGUGGUGGUGCAUUUGAGAAAAAGAUAAUUUAAAAUGUUUCAAAGCACUUCUUAAGGUUGAUAUUGCAAGUAAAAGUCACUGUGCCGCUUUGAAUUAUCGGUUGCCUUUACCCCUUGCUUGCUGGAAACUCUCC